CGAGAAGCCCACCCCCAUCCAGGCUCAGGCGCUACCGGUGGCGUUGUCGGGCAGGGAUGUGCUGGGUAUCGCCAAGACCGGCAGCGGCAAGACCGCCUCCUUCGUGCUGCCCAUGCUGGUGCACAUCAUGGACCAGCCGGAGCUGGGGCGGGGCGAGGGGCCCAUCGCGCUGCUGCUGGCGCCCACCCGCGAGCUGGCGGAGCAGAUACACCGGGAGGCACGGAGGUUCGCAAAGCCGUACGGCCUGCGUGCCGCCGCUGCCUUCGGCGGUCUGUCCAAGUACGAGCAGUUCAAGGCGCUGCGGGGCGGGUGCGAGGUGGCGGUGGCCACCCCCGGCCGCAUGAUCGACCUGGUGCGGUCGCGCGCCUGUGGACUGGGGCGGGUGAGCUACCUGGUGCUGGAUGAGGCGGACCGCAUGUUCGACAUGGGCUUCGAGCAACAGGUUCGCUCGCUGCUGGGUCAGGUGCGCCCCGACCGGCAGACGCUGCUGUUCAGCGCCACCAUGCCGCGGAAGGUUGAGCAGCUGGUCCUGGACGCGCUGAGCAGCCCCGUGCGCAUCACUGUGGGGCAGACGGGGGUGGCGAAUGCGGAUGUGGUGCAGACCGUGGAGGUGCUGCCCGACGACGCCGCCAAGUCCGCCUGGCUGUCCUCCUCGCUGCCCGCGCUGGUGGACGAGGGGGACGUCAUCCUGUUCGCGGGGCAGCGGAGCCGGGUGGAGGCGCUGACGGAGGCGCUGAGGGCGAUGGGGGUGCGGGUGGGGGCCAUACAUGGAGACAUGGACCAGUACUCCCGCAUGGGGGUGCUGGAGGCCUUCAAAUCCGGAUCCAUACACGUGCUGGUCGCCACCGACGUGGCAGCGCGCGGACUGGACAUCCGCACCAUCAAGACCGUGGUCAACUACGACGCGGCUCGCGACCUGGACACCCACAUCCACCGAGUGGGGCGCACGGGUCGGGCGGGCGACCGCGAGGGUCGCGCCAUCACGCUGCUGGGCCCGGGGGAUGCGCGGUUCGCUGGGGCGCUGCUGCAGAGCCUGGGUGCGGCGGGGCAGGAGGUGCCGCAGCAGCUGGCGGAGCUGGCUAUGAGGGACCCCCACUUCCGCCGUGGCAACAGCCGCACCAAGGGCGGUCGCGGCGGCAAGGGGCGCAGGCCGCAGG